AUGCGCUUUUCUACUAUUGCUGCCAUUGCUGCCUUCGUGGCCAGCCACCUCUACAGCAAUAAGACCACUGCCGCUUCGGGAGCAGACUACCCCUCUAGUGAUGAUUUACCGGGCUACUACUUUUAUCUCGCCAACUUCUUCGACGAUUUUGGGAGCAAGGGGAAUCCGUGCAUACCCACCGGCGAGGAUAAUUAUGUUGAAACAAAAGGAAAAACCAGCCAUACCAUUAAAGGAAACACUGUCCAAGCGAGUGUAGAACGCAGGCCGCGGUAUGCCAUUGUCUUUGGUCUACAGCCCAGGCAACCAGACCAGAAUUGUGCGCGGGGCCCUGAAACUGCUCCAUUCGAGGUCCUGGACUACCCUUGA